GCAGCAUUACGGUCCGUUCUUGCCCUGGUGAAAGAGAACAUCAGCUUGAACACUACGAAACUGGUCCACACACGUUGCUUUGAGAACAGGAAAACGGGAGAGAGAAAUCAUUCCAGUAACGACAGACGUUACCGUUUGCGCUUCUGAGAUGGAGGAGGAGAGGCAGACGGAGACAGACAGCCCGGUGAAGAGGAGCUCACAUCGUGAUGGUACGACUGAACCAGCUCCUAUCCGGGCCACAGCCCGGGGAACCUACACUGAGGCAACCAGUCAUCCGCUGGGGGAAGACUACGCAGUUCAUCUGACGCAGAAAAACAGCAAAGAGGUGUUAGCAUUUCAAGAGAGUAUAGAAGAAAUGCUUAUACGACUGGAUGAAUUCUGUGGAAUGCUGGAUAUGAUUCGAAGUGAUUCCACAGAACUGCUUGCUCAGCAUAUUCCCUGUUUGAGAGUGCAGGUUGAAGAAAUGAAGAAUGUUUACACUAAAAUCGACAAGAUAGAGGCCUUUGUGGGCAUGGUGGCGGGGAGCGUGGCCAUGCUGGAGAUGCAGGUGCUGGAGGUGGAGAGAGGCCAGAGCUGCUUCCCCCAGACGGUGCACAAGGUGCUGCAGACCUUCAGAAGCCCUGGAGUCUCCCAGAAAGAUGGGUCAGAAACAGAGUACCCCUAUGAGCUACCAUCCCUGUUCAGGACUGAGGAAUAUUUUGCUAAAACCACCAGAAGGACCCUUUUCAAGAAGUCAAGCAGCUGAUGUCUGUAGAAAAAAAAAUCUUCCAUAAACAAUAAUCCCAUUA